AUCGAAACAUCCGACUCAAAAAGCGGCCAAGCGGUACCUUCGCCACGAGCACAUGCGACGAAACUUCGUCGAGCGUUUGGAGCCAGGCAACUUUCUAAAUGCCCGAGAACCAUGCUGCGAUAGUGUAGUUGAGGCCUCGGAAUUUGAUUCUCUCUCACUUUCGAUGCCUUACUUCUACUCUGAAGCCUUUGGUAAGUUCCAGAAGCGCAAAGCGAUAUACAAAAGCCUUUCCGAGGGCUGGAAAUACUGUUGCAGUGCCACUCCCUUGCCCGGCAUGACCAUACACAUGCCGCUCACGUUGAACGAGUACUGCAAGCCAGUCUUGGGUGCCAGGAUUCUCGACGAGCGGAACAAGGAUCAAGUAGUACAACGGUACGUCAGCCGAAAAGAGGAGAGCGCACGCAAAGACGGCAAGCUGCUAGACGAAAAGAAUGAAGAAGGACCGGAUCCGAGGAGAGUUAGAGUUCUCACGGUUCACCAGGCGUGGGUCUGGAAAAUCGACAACCUUGUUCUAGCAGCUUUUUUCGACGAAAGCCAAGGGAGAUUUGGGGCCCGCUGGGAGGAAGCGACAGAGCAUGAUGUGGGAGAUCAACUUAUAAGGGUAGGGAAAUUGCUAUCCUAUCUGAUCAAUUUCUUGGAUCGUCCCGUAUCGGCGGGCUUGUCGGAGCCGCUUUUCAACACAUUCGAAAAGUCUAUCAUUUUUCUUUCAGACGACGUCAACGACUACAUCAGAUCGUCCAAGAUUGAUGACUUCAGCUUGGACAAAGAGGUUCAAUACUACCGCGAGAUUGGAGACAUCCGCGAAGAGCUCUCGAUGAUAAAAUCAGUGCUUUUGCAACAGGAAGAAGUGUGGAAAGAGUUCAUAUCCACUGCCUGGCCCAACUACUGGGUGGAUGGCCGGUUCACUCCUCCGUUCAAUGAUGGCUUUGGAGCCUGGCGAGACAUUGCACGACCCCAAGUGCAGUUUCCAAAGUUCAAGCGCCGAAUUGCUCAGCUCGAUGAGGAUGCGCAGCGCGUGGAAAACUCCAUCUCCAUCACACUAGAUUUAAAGGCUAAACAUGCGGGCCUGCGACAAACGCAAGCCAGCACCAAAGAAGCGCAUUCGGCCGCCGUGAUGAGCGCAGCCGUGUUUGGCUUCACCAUCGUUACCAUCAUCUUCACACCGCUGUCUUUCAUGCUCGCGCUCUUCGCGCUGCCGCUCCAGCGGCUCCAGGAUAACCAGAUUGCGUCGCGGUGGAGCAGCGAUUCGGGCAUGUACACGACGAACUAUGUCGGCAAGUGGAUGGCCGCGGGGGAGCUUGUGUCGGUGUUUGUGACGGUCGUUUUCAUGUGGGCUGCUAUCGAGUGGGGCUUGGAUGAUCCCAUUGCGAAGAGAGCCUGGCAACGGAUCGAGUCGACGAGGUUGGGCCGAUGGCUGAAAAACACGAAGACAUGGCAAUGGCUUAAGGGGCUCUGGCUAUGGAUCAGGACAACGACAAGAUCUAAAAGCACGGCAAAGAAGCAGGGUCCGCCGACAGUGCCUGGAGCUGGCACGGCACAACCGCAGCCCGAGGAUGCGCAUCGGCGACCUAGACGCAGAGCUGCUCAUCGAGACGACGUUGAGAAGGGCGAGCUAGAGCCCUGAGAGCUGUGUUUGGCGGCGGGUGGUUUUCUGCGUGGUAUGCGGUUGCCGCUUUUGCAGUUUCAUAGAGAUUUUUUCUGGGAUUCGGCUCUUGGUUGAGCUUAAUGACAUCGAUUCCAUGGCAAAGCCUUCUACAGUGCUAUCGCCAGGAACUCCUGCGAGCUGGUCUCUCCUCGCGGCCUCUGUAUAAUGAGGAUGUAUUCCCAGUUAUACGCCCACUAGAGCUAGUCAUGACGGUGUAAUUUACCCAUGUCAUCCAGUAAGCCAACCCUGUGGCUGUCAGACCUAUGGCUGUGCAGAUGCUCGGAAUAUCAAGAUCCGACUCUGGAGUCAGCAAUGACACUAAUGACGGACACAUCUCGAAUCAAAGAUGAGCUAAAGUCAGCCCUAUGUAUUAUGAUUAAGCAGACAUAGAGGGCUAACUACCCAAUGGCGGG